AUGAGAGGCGACGAUUUCGACCUAAAACACGUUGAAAGCACGGUUUCGACAGCCGAGGUGAGGCUUGAUGGCGAACGCAAAGAAGAAUUGAUCGGAGUUUAUGAGGGAAAAUAUCCCAAAAUUGUGACAGAAUGCUGUCAGCUCGCUCAAUUCGCUGUUCAAAGCGUCAGCCAGUUGAUCGUGACAUGGGAACUGAACCUCACCCAUUCAAGGACCCAAGAACAACGCUCAGCAGCAGCAUGUGAAGGAGUGUCCCUGCCGACAAGUCGCAGGCGUCCGCACAUUAAAAGAGAAGCCUCGCAGAGUUGCAGUGACGAGAGAAUUCUGAUUGACAUACGUCCAAAGUUGCAGCGUUUCUGCGUCUGCGGGACAAGGCCGGCUGUAAACAGGCACGGGUUGAAGCGCAUGCCUCACAAGCCAAAUCCAAUCCCUCGCUUUCACGGCAAUAGCACCACCAAGUCAAACCGUCAAAUCCAAGACCGUAUACCCCCUGGCACUCCAGAUUCAUCGUCGCAAUCUCUCCACCAAAGUGACAAUACUCUUCUCCAACGACACCGGACAGAUUCGUGGGCGUCUCAGUCAUCGGCAGGACACGAUACUGCCGCUAGGACAUCCAUGCCAUCUACUCCCUCAAGCUCAGGACACACAAAGCCAUCUUCGGGAGGUGGCCGAGCUGGAGGCCGGGCUCUCCCCCCACCUCGAUUUCAGCGUAAACAGCGUCCACCACGAGUCCAACAGGCGAUAGCAGCUGCCAAUGCAGCCUCUGCAGCUUCUGGUCCAUCAGGCACAACCACUUCCCGACGAGUUGCACCACCAGCUCCGACAGGCCCAUUAGGAGUGGGUGGUGGCACGCUCACCCUCGGCCCAGCAAAUAACUGGGGGGCUGGAACAACGAGCGUCACCAGCCUCCCCAUGUCUGCCAUCAAUGCCGCUAGUGCCCGUGGCUCAGCGCUCGACAGGGGCGGUCCCUUCGUUCUCGAAGGAGGGCUACAACCAGACACACGCCUUCUCUUAGAUGGCCUUGACCCCGUUCAAUUGCACAACAGGUUAACCAUGGGAAACGCAGCAGGGUCAAAUGAGACUGGCUUCAUCCCGGCCUACACUCAGUACCUUCCCGAGAUGUCGUAUGGUCAUGCUGACAUCCAAACCUCGCCUGCCAAAAACCUCGGAACCUCCCAUGCCACUCGGCCGCGUUCUCAGUCACACAACGUCGCUCAACCUGUCG